CUUACCACCCUUUACCUUAAUGAGCAAACGAAUUAUUCAUAGAAACCCAAAAAGCCACUCUCAUCUUUGCACCUUAUCACUACUAAGCUUAUAGCUAGCUUCAAGCUUUUAUUGAACCAUAAAUACCUAACUAUUCAUUCAUCUUCUCUACUACUAUGAUUCUGAUUCUGAUACCCAACUAAACUGAUUGAAGACCCUUUAACUCGCCAACUACAUUUCAGUUUCAGUUUCUUUUUCAUUGAAGGAGUCCUUGAAGCUUUGAUAGUAUGGCGUUAGAUGAGAGUAUGACCCUUAGGUCUUGUAUUUCUAUGCAGGAGGAUGAGUGUGAUGAUGAUACAGAUGAAGGGUAUGAUCAUGAUCAGCCUCAUCCUCACUUGUCUAGGUUGUCUAUGUGUACCGGAAAUUCCAUGUACGGUGGAGAUCAGAUGAAUGAUGAUGAGCACGAAGGCGGUGGAAGUGGUAAUGGUAACUCCAUUUACUACCAAGGGCAACAAGAGAAUGGUAGGAGCAUGUGCACGUCACUUUUGUCUAUGGACAGCUUUGAUGGGGAUGUUGAUGAAGAAGAGGAUUCAUCUAACAAGAAGAGGAUCAAUUCUCGGGUGGUACUGGCAGAUGGGAUGUCGACGGAGGAUGAUUCCGACAGGGAGCUGGGAUGUUACUCUCUCCCGGCGACACCCCCAAGGCGGAGGAAGGAUCUGGGUGGUGCAGCUGGGAGGAUGCUUUUUAACAAGGUGCGGGGCAAUUCUACGGUGGAGAAAGAGUAUGCUAGCGACAACGAAGCUCAAAAGGCUAUGAGUGAUGACUGCAUGAAGAGCAGGAGGAGAAGUAGGAGGAGGAUGAUGAAGAAUAGAUCAUCAUGGCUAUUACCAUCACCAUUCCACCAUGGAGGAGCUAAGACAACUUUGGACAAUGAUGAUGGCGAAGAUCAGGACAAGGAGGAGGAGAACAUGAACAUGAACAUGUGUGGUGAUCAUUGUCACAGCUUCAGCGGAGAGAGCGAGGGUACAGGGAUGGUGGUGAUAGCAAGGCCUAAAGGAGGGAACAGGUCGCUAUGCAUGGACAUGGAGGAAGUCAAGGCUUGCAGAGACCUUGGAUUCGAGUUGGAGCAUGAUCACACACUGCAGCAGCAGCAGGAUAUGAUGCCCUCUCGGCUUUCUCAAUCUGCUAGCACUAUCGACACUAACUACACAACCAGCAGCGGCGGCAACUCCCCCAUUGCUAACUGGCGCAUUUCUGGCCCCGGUGACCAUCCGCAGGAUGUCAAGGCUCGCCUCAAGGUCUGGGCGCAAGCAGUAGCUCUGGCAUCUGCAUCACCCACAAGGCACUCUUGCUGAGAAGGUUUUAACAGUUUGUUAUUUAGGUGGACAUAAAACCGCGAGAGCUUGGGAUAAUUUAGGUCUGGGGGAACUUUGAUUCCAGAAUGUGAGGAUUCUCCAUCUUGUUUUUCUACUGCUACUAGUGCUGCUGCUGCUAAAGCUGAGCACAAUUUUUCUUUCUAGCAAUAUUGGGAUAAUUUUUGUUUUCUGGCAAUAUAUUGGGAUAUUUGAUGUUUGGUUGAUGAAUCCUGCACUUGUAGUUCACUGGUGCCUCCAGAUUUCAACAUUGCGAGUACAACGUAAUUGAAAAUGAGAUACCACUUCACUCUGUACAUUAUAUGAAAAACUUUGAAGUUUCAGUUUCACGUAUGAAUGUAGAAACUGUUUCCUA